AUGGUCGCCAUUCUAGCUGGACAGAUGAUCCUUGCAGCUCAUGGGACAGAGGUGGAUACCUCCCUCCCGCAGCAGCAGUAUGAGAAGGCAGUGGAUCUCAGGUCAAAAAAAGAUGCGUCAGCAAAGCAGUUGAGGCAGGCAGCAGAUCUGUUGAAGUCUGCAGCGGGCGUCAGCCUCGGGGUAUCUAUGGCAGUCGAAGAGACAGCGCUGAAUGCAACAGAUGCAGAGGGAAGCGGGGCACAUGAUGAUGUCCUGUCCAGUCACUUUUCUGGCCUGGAAAUCGCUGACAAUGGGCAUGUCGGCGCCAUAAAAGAGCUGGCAGUCUGCUACGAGCUCGGGGAGGGGGUUCUGUUCAACCCAGCGGUGUCAUUCGAGCUGCUGCGCACAGCUGCAGAGCGCGGCGAUCCUGAGGCGCAGGCAGAGUUGGGCUUCCGGCUGGCUAUUGGCAUCUACCCCCCUCCACAAGAUGCAGCCGAUCCGCUGCCGCUGUUCCAGCUUGGGCAGGCGCGGUGGCCGGAGGCGCUGGCGCACUACUUUUUUGCGGCGGCCGGCAACGACAGCUUUGCGCGCGCGGCGCUGGGCUACCGCCACAUGCACGGCCUGGGCGUGCCCAAGUCCUGUCAGACUGCGGUGCUCUACUACCAGCCUGUGGCCGAGCAGGUUGUGGAGCUGGCCCGCCAGCCCGCCAGCCUGCCCUACGUGGAGCGGAUGCGGCUGAGUGCUGGGGCGUCGUGGCGGGGCCACCCAACGCGCGAGCAGCAGGUGCUGCACUACCAGUGGUUUGCCGACCUGGGCAGCGCGGAAGCGCAGCGCGCGCUCGGACAGAUGCUCACGCAGGGCGUGCAGCGCGACCCCGAGCAGGCCUUCCGCUACUUCAGGCAAGCGGCGGAGGCGGGUGACGCGGACGCGAUGGCGCACCUGGGGCACAUGUAUGCCAACGGUGUGGGCGUGGCGGCCAGCAACGAGUCGGCGCUGGACUGGUUUGACCGCGCGGCUCGGCGCAACCACCCUAGCGGCCAGUACGGCCUGGGCUACCUCCACCUGUCCGGCUACGGCGUGCCUAAGGACGCCAAGAAGGCCUUCAAGUACUUCACCUCUGCUUCUGAGCAGGGGCAUGUGGAGUCGUGGUUCCAUUUGGGCGUGAUGCACCUGAACGGCUGGGGGACCAAGGCCAACGCGCAGCAGGCGCUCACCUUCUUCAACAUGGCCUCCAAGCUGGGCCACGUCCUGGCGCAGUACAACCUCGCCAUGCUGCACCUGCAGGGCUCCGCCGCCGACAAGGGCGGCUGCACUGCAGCGCUGGAACUGCUGAAGAAGAUAGCAGAGAGGGGCCCGUGGGCGGCGGUUCUGCAGGAAGCCUUUGACUGGUAUCGGACUGGGGACUAUGAGGGUGCAGUGGUGGCAUACCUGAAGGCGGCAGAGAUGGGGCUGGAGGUGGGCCAGAGCAACGCCGCCUGGAUGCUCUCGCGCGGCUUUGGCGCGGCCGGCCCAACUGCCUCUGCGCUCGCCCAGAAGCUGCACCAGCGCGCAGCCGGCCAGGGGAAUGUGGACGCGCUGCUGCAGCUGGGGGACAGCCACUGGUACGGGCGCGGGGCCGAGCGCAACUGGGCGCGCGCGGCGCAGCUCUACCAGACGGCCUCCAAAUUCCGCAACGCGCAGGCGCUCUUCAACCUCGGCUUCAUGCACGAGUUCGGCGCCGGCCUGCCACAGGAUUUGCACCUGGCCAAGAGGUUCUAUGACAAGUCGCUGGAGGCUCAGCCGGACGCCACCGCGCCUGUGCAAGUGGCCCUGCUCUCACUGGCGCUCCACUCCUGGUGGGAGUCGGUGAGGCCGCACGUUCCUAUGGCGCUGCAUUGGCUGAGCAGCCGGAUUUACAACAUCAGCGACCCCGGUCCUGGGCCAGAGGCCCUGGCGCUGGGGGCGGUGCCGAGGAGGGAUAGCGUGGGACUGGGGCUGGGCUGGCUGGAGCGAGCGGUGGACACGGCCGGCCGCGCGUGGCACGGCGCGGACCGCGGCGCGAUGGGCGACACCGUUGAGAGCGUGCUGCUGCUGGCGCUGUGCGGCUGCCUCUGGCUCGUGCUCUGGCGCCGCCGCAACCUGCGCGCCGGCCAGCAGCAGGGGUUGGGAGGGAAUCCUGUGGUGCCUGGCCAGCAGCAGCCAAGGGUGGCUGUUCUCGGGCAGAGGCAACCUCAGGGGGGAGAGGGGCAGCAGAGGGCACAGCAGCAGCAGCAGCAGCAGCCAGAAGGACAGCAGCCCAGACCAGAGACAGAGCCGCAGGCUCAGGCUGACGCCUGAGCAAUUCUUCGUGCAGAUGAUUGUGUGGCAAGUAGCAGGAAAAAUUGAAUGGAUCAUGUUGUGGGAUGUGCUGUCAAAUUUACAAUGUCCUUGUUUAUUCAGAACAUCAUUUUAUUUGUCUUGCAUAUCCACCACUUAGGGACACCAGGGACAUGUGUCAGGACAGCCGUUCUCUGAAACAGGACCAACUGCUUGUAUGCCAACGAGCAGUGUUCACAGAGGAGGACUUGAGACAAAUCUGAUCAUGGAAUUGCUAGACACAGCCAAGCAGCGAUCAGGGCCAUGCCCCCGAAGGGAGCAAGUUUGGCAUUUGCACGGUCUUCUGUGAAUGCGGCAGCAUAGCAGCUGCCCGAGAACAGCAGGAUCCCAGCACUUGCGCAGGCACCAACUGCUGUUGGUCUUCUGGCAAGAGGUGCCACAGCAAGAAGUAGGCUGUGUAAGAGGUGAUACUUAUU